AUGAACUUGCAUACAAACAUUUCCAAAGGUGUCACCUCUUCAAAUCUGAUGCCAUUGGACCCUCACGCCUGGACACCCAGCCCAGAGAACAUGCUGGGCAAUGCGGUCCAUAACAGUUCCUUUGAGUGUAACAGAAGCUGGGCUGGAACGGAAGCAUCUAAUCUAUCAAUUACUGGAACUUCUAGUGAAAGGACAGAAAUGCUGCCAUGGCACAGAUGCAGCGCAGAGAUGGGUCAAGAGGAAUUAGUUUGCAAAAACUGGGCUGCGCUGCUUAUUUUGGUUGUGGUCAUUAUAACAGUUACUGGGAACAUCUUAGUAAUCAUGGCUGUCAAUCUGGAACGAAAGCUGCAAAAUGCCACCAAUUAUUUCCUCAUGUCACUGGCAGUGGCAGAUAUGCUUCUGGGAGUUCUGGUCAUGCCAGUCUCCAUGGUGACCAUUAUGUAUGGUUACUCAUGGCCCCUCCCUGCUGUACUAUGUCCCAUGUGGAUCUACCUGGAUGUUCUCUUUUCUACUGCCUCCAUCAUGCACCUGUGUGCUAUUUCCCUGGACCGAUAUGUGGCAAUCCGCAACCCCAUCUGUCACAAUCGCUCAAAUUCCCGUUCCCGUGCACGGGCCAAGAUCACUGCGGUCUGGACCAUCUCUGCAGGAAUUUCAAUGCCAAUUCCAGUGCUGGGUCUGCGAGAUCACACCAAAGUUUUCAAAGAUGGUAGCUGCCUAUUGACUGACAAUUCCUUUGUGUUGAUUGGCUCAUUUGUGGCCUUCUUUGUGCCAUUGACCAUUAUGGUGGUGACCUACUUCCUGACUAUCAGUGCUCUGCAGAAUGAAGCUACACUCUGCUUAGACCAGCUAGUGCCCAGACCCAAAUGGAGUGCUGGAUUCACGCUAAACUUCCUUCCCGGCCCUGCAUUCUCUCCUUCACAGAAAAAACUCUUCUUUCGUCACUCAUUGAGCCACGGGGCAGGGGUGGAGUCAGGGGUUGUAACCCCGCCAUUUGGGCGUCACACCAUACAGUCCAUCAGCAAUGAGCAGAAGGCCUCCAAAGUUCUGGGCAUGGUCUUCUUUCUGUUCGUUGUCAUGUGGUGUCCAUUUUUCAUCACUAAUGUUUUGGCGGUGGUUUGUGAACCAGCAGCGUGUGAUGCUGAUGUAAUGAAUGGACUGUUGAAUGUGUUUGUGUGGGUUGGCUACCUUUCAUCUGCAAUCAACCCAUUAGUCUACACGCUCUUCAACAAGACUUACCGCUCUGCCUUUGCCAGAUACAUCCGAUGCCAGUUUCACGAGGAGAGGAAACCGUUACAGCUCAUUCUGGUCAACACUAUUCCACCAUUGGCCUAUCAGUCCACACACCUGCCACUCCCCAGAUCAAUAGGAAAUGGGGAUUUCUCACUGCCCCUUCCAAAUAAAAACCACCAUCUUCCCAAAAGCUGUGAAAAUGAGAGUGUUAGCUGCUUGUGA